AUGUCUACCGGCGUCGCUAUGAAGAGAACCAAAACAGCCUUCACGCAGCCGGAGGAGCGGGUGGACUGGAAGAAAAGAAAAUUGCAAAUCAAGGAGGGAAAAAAACAGCGAAAAGAGGCAAAGCUCAUCAAACAACUGGAGAAUCAGAAACAACAAGAGGCAGCAGAUAGAGAAAAAGCGGAGCAGACCCAGAAAAACGGUCGAGCGUACACUGUGAGCGUAGCUCUGCCCGGCUCGGUUCUGGACAACGCACAGUCCGCCGAACUCCGCACUUACCUGGCGGGACAGAUCGCCCGCGCCUGCGUCAUCUUCUGCGUGGACGAAAUUAUCGUGUUUGAUGAGCAAGGCGAAGAUGUGAAGAGCGUGGAAGGAGAGUUUAAAGGUGUAGGGAAGAAGGGGCAAGCGUGUGUUCAGCUGGCUAGAAUACUUCAAUACCUCGAGUGCCCGCAGUACCUGCGUAAGAUGUUCUUUCCAAAGCAUCAAGACUUGCAGUAUGCAGGACUGCUGAACCCUUUGGACAGUCCUCACCACAUGAGAAUGGACGAAGAAUCGAAAUACCGCGAAGGUGUCGUCCUGGACAGGCCCACUAAACCAGGCAAAGGCGCUUUGGUCAACUGUGGCAUGAGGAAGGAGGUUCAGAUUGACAAACAGCUUCAGGCAGGACUGCGAGUGACCGUGCGUCUCGACGCCACGCAGAAGCAAGGUGACACUUGCUAGAAAAGAAAUUGCAGGACGGAUGAUGUUUGGCUGUCACAACUCACUGUCUGCUUUUGUCGUUCAGAAAGCAAAACAUACAAAGGGGCAGUUGUGGCUCCUCACGUGCCCACCACGGAAGGAGGGCUCUACUGGGGCUAUAGUGUCCGCUUGGCUUCCUGUCUCAGUGCAGUGUUCACAGAAAGCCCAUACAAAGAAGGCUACGAUCUAACCAUAGGGACGUCGGAAAAAGGCAGCAGUUGCGAUGAAGCCUCGCUGUCGCCAUUCAAGCAUCUUCUGGUGGUCUUCGGAGGGCUGCAGGGACUGGAAGCCAGUCUGGAUGCGGACCAAAACUUGGACGUGACGUGUCCCAGCUUUCUCUUUGACCAUUACCUCAACACGUGUCCCGCUCAGGGCAGCCGCACCAUUCGCACAGAGGAAGCCAUUUUAAUUUCCAUGGCGAUGCUGAAGCAGAAGAUGUCGGACGCCUUUUCCAGGUUGUCACCUUAA